CGGCAUUAACAAAGCCCCUCCCCCAGCUUUACAGUACCAUUUUCUAGUGUUGUGUAAGUUUUGUCAAUUAAAAGCCUGUCACGGUGUUGCUUGGUACUCAUUUGGGCGAGUUAAUAUUUCUAACAAGGGUAAUACAAGGUCCAACAAAAUCUUUUGUCAAACUAGACUAUGGAACCGUUUAGCCGAUAUUGUACAAUCGCAGGACAAUGUAUACAAAUCUUCGGUUCUCUUGAAAACAUCGUAAGAAAGUUCGAAAGUGAAACGUUCCUGAUUCUGUCCGCAAUCUGUUUGAAUGCUGUAGCUAAAAAAACUGCUUCAGACAGCGGGAACAUGGCUCUUGGAUGCAAGCUGACGGUGAGCAUAUGGGCUCGCGUCCCUUGGAACAGGCUUCUCUGACGACAUGCCAGUUUUAUUAGCAGCGUCAACAGCACCCGAUGAAAGGCUGUAUGCUUCAACAAUGCUUUGUAUGUCUGAGCCAGUGUAAAACGUCAUCUUAGUGAUACGUUGCUGAUGUUUCCUAAUUUCCUCUGUCUUAUUGUUGUGGCUUCUAAUCCGCCCUAUCUCUCGCUGGAUCGGCUACUUACAUGAAUAGAGGGAGGAGCAGUCAUUAGAGCAAGUCGCAUCACCAAGAUUAACAAUUCCAAUUUUCAUCCGUUUGGAGAAUAGCUGUGGCUUCACUCAAUGUACCAAGGAACUUGUGUGGACCCAGUCAGUCGUAUCCAGCAGCCAGAGAUCUCUGAGCCUUCAGCACAAGAAGGCUAGGCCAAAUACGUGUUAGAUUGUGAUCUGGAACUCCAGAAUGGACAGAGUAGCGUGGUACAAUAACCUGCCAACCUUCAGAGACUCAUAUCAGCAGGGUGGAAUGGCACAUCAAGCAGCCAUGGGUUACCAUCAGCUUCCUUCUCUGCCAAUGCAACUUCCUUACGGACCGCCACGCAAGCAACGGCGGGAACGAACAACAUUUACGAGAGCACAAUUAGAGAUUCUUGAAGAUCUCUAUGUUAAAACCAAGUACCCUGAUGUGUUUAUGAGGGAAGAGAUUGCAAUCAAGAUAAACCUACCCGAAUCACGAGUGCAGGUUUGGUUCAAAAACCGGAGAGCGAAGGAAAGGAAAGAUGCUAAGUUGAAGGUAGAGAAAGAACGCAAACCAGACUUGCAAGAUAGAAGCGAAAAAGAUAGCAGCAAAGAUGAAUCUUUGAGGGAAGAGACGCAAAAUCAUAUUGACGAGGAAACCAAGGAAAAGGUUGUCAAAAAAGAAGAAAAGAAAGAACAAUCGGAAUCCCUAAGCAGAGAAAAUGAAAGUAAAAAGGAAGCAAAUAUAGUUGAUGUCACGGCUAAGAAGCAGUCGGAGACAAAACAGAAUAAAUCACAUAAUUUCUCUUCAAAGCCAGUACCUUUAAAUUCUGUGGCAACCAAAUUACAAUCAAGCAAAUCCCCAAGGCAUAGUGUCAAAGACGAGGGUAUACACCAUGGCAACCUCUCUUCUGUGUCAUAUCCCUCGAGAACAAUGUCUUUGCUGCAUUAUUCAAGGUCGUAUACUUCGCCGAAUAGUAGCUGGGAUGAGGUUGAUGCAAAUUCAAACCCUGUAUCCAUGGUGAAGCAGAAAUGGGAAAAUGCUCAUGAUAACACAAUGCCAAGCGGCGGCACACAUUUUCCCAUGACAAAGUUGUCUUCCUCUGUUUUGCCCCAUUAUACAAACUACAUGCACCAGAGUAGCCACGCUUCGAACAACCAAAAUGUUUACGAUUAUCCAAACAGUUACCCUUAUCGUUCAUAUAUGCAAAGACAUUCUUCCCAGUGAAUAAUCGCAAUGGAAUUCAGGACAAUUUCCAUUGAUUCAUUUUCUGUACCGUGAAAUGGGUAAACCAGAAGAAAAGUCUUAGAUUUUUGGGGUUGCUUUUAAAUGCAAGACGAAAGCCACUAGUUCUUUAAAAACCGAAUUUAUUUUUUGCCUGUGUAUUUUUAGAUUAAAUCCUUUUUAUAAAUAUUUCUAUUUCCUUUCUAGGUCAAUAAAAUGAUUUUGCCGUAUCAAUUUGUAUUCAAACAGGAAUUUGGUUUGAUAUGAUCGUUUUUGUUCCUUUUCCAUUUCUAUUCAGCCCGCUGGAUGCAUUGCUAUCCUAUUUCCUUCAGGAAAACAGGGUUAAGCUUGCAAAUAUUGCAAACAUUGCAAAUAUGAGCAAAAAUUUUAACAAUAGGACGGUAAUCUACAUUAUUUUUUUUGCAUUUGGUAAAAAGAAAUUUAGUUAUUGUGAUUUAAAGACCAGGUUGUGGAAGCAAAUGUUGAUGCAGAGCUUUUUAAGCGCGCUGAGGAACGGAAACAUAAAUAGACACUCUUUUUUUAAGAAAACACUUUAUAAGAACACCAUGGCUUUAUUUGCAAAAUAUUUAAGCAACCCGGUAAUAAGUCAAACCACAGAUAAAAUGAGAAGAAUAAACGAUGUUUAUUGGAAUUUGCACCUGCUAAAUAUACAGAUGAAAUUUAAACAGCUAAUCAACCCUGCUAAUGAAAUGCUAUGAAAACUCUUUAUUAAUAGUCCAAAUAUUCUGUUCUGUAAUAAGUAUGUACGGUGCAUAAAUUGACCAUGAAAUGAGAACAAGGUAAAGAACCCCACGACAACUCAAAUUGACGAAAAGUCAUAACAUUAAGCCACGGCAGAAGUUAUCUGUUUUUCUAAAAAGGUAGUUUAGGCAGUUUUUUGAAGCAUAUCUUUUUCUCUGAAACUAUCUUCCACAACACAUCUCUUGAUAUUUAUUAAGAACCUCAUAGAUCGAGAAAAAAUAUGAUUUGCAAUGCAGAGUAAAAUUGGACUUGUUGAGCAAAAAUACAGAAAAUUUAAAAUCUGAAACUUUGACACAUUACAAAAUGAAAUAAGCUGCAAAAACAAUUAAUGGAUAAAGUAGAAAACUGUUAGAACCAAACUAUCAGUAUAUCUAAGAAAAAUUAUUAUUUUAACUGAAUUGAUAGUGUGUAAUUAUGGUUAUUAUAUCAGCUCACGAUAUUUCGUAUCAGAUGGAUGUUCAGCAUGACCUGUUGGGAGGACGAAAUAAAAUUAAUAUAUGUACUCACAUAUUCUACUCACACACGCAGUUUAUAUGUAUUAUGUUGAAGAAAAUUCAGGGGGAAUAGUGCCAUGAGGAAAGUAAGAAUUAAACUCUGGAUUAAUUUAACAAUAAUAUAUAAUACUUUUUAUUCAAUGAUGUGAAGAGCCCCACAAGCCUUAGUCGUAUUGCGAAUUUUGAUGCUCUUUUCCACUGAUCAGAACAACGAGAGGGUCAUGGCACUUUUUCAAUAGGAAAAAAUGGAAAGAAUAAAUGCCCUUAACAAUAAGGAUCAAGCCUGCUCAACAAUUAAAGACUUGAUUAUUCCUUGAUAUCCAGUGCUCACAAGCAUAAAAGUGAUGAAACGAACACAAAUUGAAUUUAGUUGUGGCUUGAAGGUGUUUUUUUCAAAAAUAUGGACUUUUUGGGAGGGUAAAAAUUUGGUAAAAAAUCAUCAAAGUUAGGCUUAGCAAAAUCAUAAAAUUUUGGCGAAAAUAUUUUUCGAAAAAACAAUUAAUGUGCUAACAUAUGAUCGAAAGAAAUAGAAAAUGUAUAUGGUUCUUGCAGGAGGGUGUUUCCUCGAUGAAAAAAUGAUUUUUUAGACAGCUCAUUUUUUAUCAAAAGAUAAGGCUAUAACGUUUGAAAAAUCAUCAAAUUUUUCGAAAUCUUUUUCAUCUAAAAGUCAAUUAAUUCCUUUACAUGUGAUUAGAAGCAACACAAAUUCAACUUUGUUCGGUCAGAAAGAUGUUUGUCUUGGAAAAAUAAGGACUUUUUAGACGGCUGAAUUUAUAUAAAAAGACAAGGCCAUACAACUUAAGAAAAAUAAAAAAAAAUUUUCACAGCUGUUUUCUUUUGAAGAAAAGGUAAGACUAUAGCCUUAAGCAAAAUUAUUAAAUAUUUUCGAAACUAUUUUUGAAAGGACCAGAAAA